CCUGUCUGUCUCAUAAAGUGAAACCAAAAGUGAUCGUAUCAGAGACGCUAUUUCGGAUUAUUCGAUUUCUAAUAAUGUCUUCACAUGUCAUGCACGGCCUGAAAUCAAGCCUGUCAUAAGAAGAGAAGCAGAAGAACAGCCUGUGGAAUGAGUGUGAAUGAGGAGAGAGAGGAGGAGGCUCCUGUUGACACUCAGAGAGCAGAAUCUCCAGGAUUCAGCUGUGUGUCUAUGAGGAGUAACAAUUCUAUGAUUGAACCUCCUAAAUUCAGUGAUAGACCUGCUGUGACCUCUGACCCCGUAAUCAUCAGCAGGAAGAGAAAGAGGGCAGCUUCUCCACUGCAGCCCCCUGAUCUCAGUGAUGGAGCAGUGCCUUUUAAUUCUGUAUAUGUGUCCUGUCAGACCAGCACAUCCUCCUGCUGUCAGAGCCACAUCAGUCAUCAUGACACAGAAGCAGUUCUGCAGCUUGAUUCUCAUCAAUCAGUCCAUGAUGAUCUGCAGAGAGUCAAAGACCAGCACAAGACCAGCAUGAAGAACAAGUAUGAGAGAUUAUUUGAGGGAAUCAAACUACAAGAGAAUCAAACUCUCCUGAACAGGAUUUACACACAGCUGGACAUCAUAGAGGGAGAGAGUGAAGGAGUGAAUGAAGAACAUGAGGUGCUACAGAUGGAGAAAAGUUAUACUCCUGUCAACUGUAAUGAAAUCUUUAGUCCUUUACCUGAACUAGGAUAUGAGGAGAUGAGAAGAGAGAAGAAAGACAAAAUAAAGACUGUUCUUACUAAAGGCAUUGCUGGAAUUGGAAAAACCGUCUCUGUGCAGAAGUUCAUUCUGGACUGGGCCGAGGGAAAAGCCAAUCAGGCCGUAGAUUUCAUGUUUGUGCUUACAUUUCGAGAGCUGAACUUGAUUAAAGAUCAUCAGUACAGUCUUCACAAACUUCUACUUGACUUUCAUCAUGAGCUUCAAGAUCUGGACUCAAAGAUUUAUGAUAAAUGUAAAGUUGUGUUCAUCUUUGAUGGUCUGGAUGAAAGCAGAAUUUCACUGAUGUUUUCAGACAGUCAGAAAGUUUCUGAUGUGACUGAGAUUUCAUCAGUGGGUCUGUUGAUGUCAAACCUCAUGAAAGGAGAUCUGCUUCCCUCUGCUCUCAUCUGGAUCACCACCAGACCAGCAGCAGCCAAUCAGAUCCCCUCCAACUACAUCAACCGUGUGACAGAGAUUCAGGGAUUCAAUGACCCUCAGAAGGAGGAAUAUUUCAGGAAGAGAAUCAGUGACGAGCAUCAAGCCAGCAGAAUCAUCUCACACAUCAGAAGAGCAAGAAGCCUCCACAUCAUGUGCCACAUACCCGUCUUCUGCUGGAUCUCAGCCACUGUGCUUCAAAACAUCCUGAAACAAGAUCUCAGUGCAGAAAUCCCUCAAACUCUGACUGAAAUGUACAUCUACUUCCUGCUCAUUCAAACAAAUAUGAGGAACCAGAAGUAUGAAGAGAGAGAUCCAGAGAAACUCCUGCAGUCCAACAGAGAAGUGAUUGUGAAACUUGCUGAACUGGCUUUCAAUCAGCUGAUGAAGGGCAAUGUGAUGUUUUAUGAGGAGGACCUGAGAGAGAGCGGCAUAGACGUCACUGACACCUCAAUGUAUUCUGGGAUUUGCACUGAGAUCUUCAGGGAGGAAUCUGUGAUUUAUCAGAGGAAGGUUUACAGCUUUGUACAUCUGAGCUUUCAGGAGUUUUUUGCAGCACUGUAUGUGUUUUACUGCUAUUUACACAAGAACAAUGAGGUUCUGGAAAUGUUCCUGACAGAAAUGUCCAGAACUCAAUGUGGGACUGUUACUCUGGAUGUGUUUCUGAAAGAAGCAGUGGAUAAAGCUUUAAACAGAGAAAAUGGACACCUGGAUCUUUUCCUUCGAUUUCUUCAUGGCAUCUCACUGGAGUCCAAUCAGAGACUCUUACAGGAUGUGCUGAUACACACAGAGAACAACCCAGAGAGCAUCACGAACAUAAUCCACAACCUCAAACGAGGUCAAAAAAACUAUGUCAAUCCUGAAAGAUGGAUAAAUCUGUCACACUGCUUGAUUGAGAUGAAGGAUAAUUCUGUUGUUAAAGAAAUGCAGGAGCUUUUAAAAUCUAAAGCAAAAAGUAAAAGUCUUUCUCUUGCACAAUACUCAACUUUGGCAAACAUGAUCCUGAUGUCAGAGGAGGUGCUGGAUGAGUUUGACCUUAAACAAUACAACAUCAAAUUAAAUGAGGGAAGAUGGAGACUGUUACCUGCUGUGAGGAACUGCAGAAAAGCUCUUUUGGCAGGCUGUAAUCUCACUGAUCAGCACUGUGAAAUUGUGGCUUCAGCUCUACAAUCAUCAAACAACCCCCUGAGAGAGCUGGACUUGAGUAAUAAUGACCUGCAGGAUUCAGGAGUGAAGCUGCUCUGUGCUGGACUGAAGAGUCCAAACUGUCAGCUCAACAUAUUGAGAUUAUCUGGUUGUUUGGUAACAGAGAAAGGUUGUGAUGCUCUGGCAUCAGCUCUGAGUUCAAACCCCUCACACCUGAAAGAGCUGGAUCUGAGCUACAAUCACCCAGGAGAUUCAGGAGUGAAGCUGCUCUCUGAAACACUCAACUAUCUGGACAAACUCAAUGUGGAUCAUGGAGGAGAGUUCAGGAUUAGAUCAGGACUCCAUAAAUAUGCCUGUGAUCUCACACUGGAUCCAAACACAGCAAAUGUUUUCCUCAUUCUGUCGGAGAAGAACAGAAAGGCGACGUGUGUGAAUGAGCCACAGUCAUAUCCUGAUCAUACAGAGAGAUUUGAUGGGCGUCCUCAGGUUCUGUGUAGAGAGAGCCUGACUGGACGCUGUUACUGGGAGGCUGAAUGGAGUGGAGAUAGAGCUGCUGCUAUAUCAGUGGCAUAUAAAGGAAUCAAGAGGAAAGGAGGGCUCUUUAGUAAUGACAGUGUGUUUGGAUACAAUGAAAACUCCUGGAGUCUGUUCUGCUCUGAUUACGGAUUCACUGUCCGUCACAAUGAUUACUCCACUUCCAUCUCUGCUGCUUCAGGCUCCUGUAAGAGAGUAGGAGUGUAUCUGGAUGUGUUGGCCGGCUCUCUGUCCUUCUACAGUGUCUCUGACACACACAAACUCACACACUUACACACAUUCACACACACAUUCACUGAACCCCUCUACGCUGGAUUUAGAGUUUAUAAUUACAACUCUUCAGUGUCUCUGUGUCACAUUAAAUACAAAACUGACUGACACUUCAUCUCUCUUUAACACACACACACACACACACACACACACACACACACACACACACACACAUACACACAUUCACUGAGCCCUUCUGGUGGAUUUAAAGUUUAUUCUUCAGUGUCUCUGUCACAUUAAACACACACACACACACUGACUAAAGCCCUAUUCAGACAGGACUAGUUUUACAUGGAGAGGUGGGAUUGUAGAGUAAUUAUUACCAGAGCUUCUCAGUGAUUUUAGUUCCGUCCAAAUGUGCCAUCUCAGGAAUCAUUACAAACAAUGUCUAUACCUUCUGCAAAAAGGUCUGGAAAAAUUACCUCCGGUAAUCCUGAUCUUGUGCGAAUAGACCAGCUGUAAAUAUGUACAUAAAUAUAAUUUCCUUGCACAAAACGUCUGUUGGCUUUAGGUAACUGCAUAUUAUAUCUAAUCAUAAUUUCAUUAAUUUAAUUGAAAUUAAUUAACCAAAUUGAUUUAAUUAACCUAACUGGUUAAAAUUUAAAGUCUGACCGAUUCAAGUUCUGUUCAGAUUGAUCAAAAAUAACAUUAACACAUAUCUGACACAAACUGUGUAACUAUAGUGUGACACGCCGUGUGACACAUAAAAAAUGCAAGUCAUUUUGGAAUUCAAUUCACAUUCUCCUUUUACUACCCCUCAUGACAGCAUCAUACACCACAUUUUUCUAUUCAUUCCUAAUCCAUUCAUUCUGGUUCAAAGCUUUAAAGGGGUCAUCAGAUGCCCAUUUUCCACAAGUUGAUGUGAUUCAUUGGGCUCUUAAUGAAAAGUCUAUAACAUACUUUGGUUAAAAUUUCUCAGUUCUCAACCACCCUUUUUACCCUGUCAAAAUCGGCUCUGUUCAUAGCAAGCAGUUUCGUUGCAUGUUCCUUUAAAUGCUAAUGAUCUCUGCUCUCUCCGCUAGAGAGUGAAUUUCUGUCUCUUUCACCCAUCUGCUGGUUUUGUUUUGUUCACAUUUUAUCUAGUAUAGAUUCACAAAACUAAAGUCAGACCAUUCUGGGGUUUUCUGACCAUUCGCCGUCGUGUCCUGUGGGUCAAGGCUCAUUUAAAAUGGACUGUUUCAAAGUGGACAAGUGUUCUAUGGUCAGACGAGUCCAAAUUUUACAUUAUUGUUGGAACUCACGGACGCCAUGUCCUCCGGGCUAAAGAGGAGGGAGACCUUCCAGCGUGUCAUCAGUUCAAAAUGCAGCAUCUCUGAUAGUAUGGGGGUGCAUAAGUGCAUACGGUAUGGGCAGCUUGCAUGUUUUGGAAGGCACGAUGACUGCUGAAACGUAUAUAAAGGUCUUAGAGCAACAUAUGCUCCCCUGCAGACGAUGUCUAUUUCAGGGAAGCCUUGUGUAUUUCAGCAGAACAAUACAAAACCACAUACUGCAGCUAUUACAACAGCAUGGCUUCACGCGUGUGACGGAAAUGUUACUCCCUUUACCAUAAUGUGAUGCCAUGUCCCGGCACGACGACACAAAAACUAUAAAACCCAUUAUAAACAAGGCAUUUGUUGCAUCCAGUGGGGACAUACAGUAAUUACUGAUUAUAAUGACUUAUACUGUCUUUUUACGCGCCGCUUUGCAUCGCGCCGCAUAAACAUUACCAUGUCUGCAUUUGUGAUUGGAGAAAUGACAAACAACAAGCACUACUCUACACUGCUCAGAACUCGCGUUUGAAUGGUAAGUAGCACAUUCUUUAAAAAAGCAAACGUACUUACAGGCUGUGAGUCAGAAGCGCCAGACUGUCCUUGCAAAGUUGGAAUUGCCCCACUUUAUAGAAACGGUCUUUGUGCACAGCUAGCAUUGUAGGCUACUCUCCUCCCAGGUUCAGGAAACAGUCCUCCAUAAAAUGCGCUGCACACAUCUGAGUAUUUGCGUUGUACUGUUUUGGAACAGUGUUGUAAAUACAACUUAACCACUGAUUUUUAGUUGUGUCCUCUUUUGGAAGCCCAAGCAAAGUAGUUUCGCUUUCACAAUGAAACACACAGUGUCUCCACGACAUGGCGGCAGCAACAAUACUACAGCUAGAAUAAUAGUUCCACCUUCUUUCGUUGCGUAUACAUUUGGGUGGUGUUAUGCAAAUCUUCCCACACAGUGACGUAAACAUGUGAGGGCGUGUUUGAAUGAGCCGUUUUAGGGGGCUGUGGUCGAGUCUUAACUUUUAUAAAGAAUAUCUCUUUGGUUUUGAGACUUUAGUCUUUGCAACUUUAGAGAUCUUAUCUAUGCACAAACAGCUUGUAAACACUCCAAAGAGAAAGGGAAACUUGAAAUCACAUCAUAUGACCCCUUUAAAUACUUAUUCUGAAAAUUGUAAAUUGGGUCAAACAUAUACACUUAACAAAUGUAACACAAUUUAAAACCUUGUCCUUGUCAAGGAAACAUCACAGUCACUCACGUCAGCACAAUCACCUCCCUCGACACACACCAGAUCCCAAUCACCCGAAUUCUAAUCACCUGCACCUGCCGAUCAUCAAUCAAGUCACCUUCAAAAGCACGCUGUACCCAGUCUAUCCUCGUCCGGUCUACCGUUCACUACCCCCGAACAGUACCUGACUUCCUUGUGAUACUAACCUGUCUAUACUUACCUUCCGGUGUCCCGAGUUCCUCCAGUGAUUCUCCCUUGUUGUUCCCUUUCCUUCGCGGACUCCUGAGCUCCAGCCAUCCUGCACAGAAAGUGACUGUCAGAUUAUCACUCGACAUUCUAAAGACUGGUUUCAGUAUUCCCCUCACCUGCCCUCGCUCUCCUUGAUCACCCAUUCCCAGUUGUUCAAUAAACCUGUUUGUAUUCACUUA